UGUACGUAAGGUAUUGCGGAUGUUGAUCGUGAAAAUUUUUUUUUUGAUAUUUCAUGUAAAUUCCUACGAAGUGCCUCACAAAAAUCGUUGAUUAGAGUCACUAAGACGUCUUAUGAAAAAUUCGAGCUUUUUGGUCAUGAAAGACGCUGAAACGCGAGUGAAAAUUUUCGGGUUGAGGAAAAAUGAGCGAGACCAGAAAGAGAUCGAAUGAAACGAGCGGAAACACCGCGACGUUUUUGCUUACAAAACAGGCCGACUACCUUCCUGAUGGUCAUCGGGUGAAGGUUGUGGUUGUGGGUAGCGGAUACACCGGUGUGGCUGUCGCUAUUGCCAUCCUUUUCAAGAGGCUCGCUUCUGAACUGAUCAUCAUAGACUCCAACGAGGAACUGGCUAAGGCGGAGGCUGAAGAUUUAAGCCACGCAGCUGCUUUCCUUGGCAAUCCCAAAAUCGUGGGUACCAAAGAUUACAGUAGCGCCAGGGAUGCUGCUGUAUGUAUAAUCACUGCUGGAAUCAGACAGGAAAAGGGUCAGUCCUCGACUUCCGUUCUCGAACCAAAUUUGGAUAUCUUCAAAGUCGUCGUCCCAAAUGUUUGUAAAUUCGCACCGAACAGUAUUCUCCUUGUUCUCACGAAUCCUGUCGAUAUCUUGUCGUAUGCCGCCAUGAAAUUAUCAGGAUUUCCACCAAACAGAGUAAUUGGACUUGGUACCUUUUUGGAUAGCUGUAGAUUUCAGUAUUUCAUCGCACAGAAGCUUGGUCUCUCAGCAAAUUCAGUACAAGCACUGAUCAUUGGCGAGAAUGGACCGACAUCCGUACCAGUUUGGUCCGCUGUGGCAGUGAUGGGUAUGAAGCUGAAGGAUAUCAACAAGGAAAUCGGCAUGAGGUCGGAUCCGGAAGCCUGGGGAGAAAUUCACAAUAAAGUAGUCGAGUGCAACGACGAUCUCAUCUCCAGGAAGGGAUACUGCAAUUGGGGCGUUGGUAUCUGUGCCAGUGAAAUAGUCGACGCCAUUGUGCGCAACACCUGCGUGUGCAUCACGGUUUCGACCUUUGUGAAAGGUUGCCGUCACGGGCUGGAGAAGGACGUUUUUAUGUCGCUACCAUGUGUCGUAGGAAGAAAUGGCGUUCAGUCUUAUAUACGUCAUUUGUACACAGAGGAGGAACAAGAAUCAACAACAAAAUCCUGCCGUUCUAUAUACGAAGCCCAAAAACCAAUCCUCGACAAAUUAGAAUAGUCCUAUAUACCUAAAAAGAAGAAAUAAGAAAAAGAAAUAUCAAGUUAAUAAUAACGACUGUACCAAACGAUAAAAAUUCAAAAGUACCAACCUUCCAAAUCUAUACGUCCAUCAAUAAAAAUGUAUCAUUGUAC